CAGGAACCAUCGCAUAACCACUUUCUAAGCCCUAUACUAUUUUGCAUCACAUAGCGUACCUUGCAUCAGCUACUAGCCGUCUUUUGCUGUUGAAUCCUGCAAACCGACCCUUACCGACUUAAGCCUGAACGCAGACUGUGAUUGGUAUUUGCCUCUGUCUUACACCUAAACAGCUUGUAACUGUUUUGCGCCUUAGGAGGUUCCUUUCCGCUCUGCGCACUCUCUAGAAGCAGUUAUUAGCACACCGGCGCCGGCCGUCGUAGCUCAAGAGAGCUCGAGGCACCUUUUUGCUGCUCGUGUAGCCUAGCGACAACAGCGGAAAGACUUAUCGGAGGCUAUUCUGCUAGGAGCCAUGGCCUCCCCCUUGAUGGCGGGCCUCGGGGUGGCCGCUGCGGCGUUCGUGGGCAAGCAGAUGGUGCAAUCCUACGUGAAGUUCAUGUCGUCGCCUAGCCCCUUUGGAAACGUUGGAAAGCAGUUCUAUAAGGGCGGCUUUUUGCCCGAGAUGACUAAGCGCGAGGCGUCCCUUAUCCUGGGCGUGCGCGAGUCUGCGGGCGAGGACCGAAUUAAGGAUGCGCACCGCCGCAUCAUGGUGGCCAACCACCCGGACUCGGGCGGCAGCAGCUACAUCGCGGCCAAGGUGAACGAGGCCAAGGACAUGAUGCUGGGCAAGAAGAAGUCGGGCAGGUCGCCGUUCUAAGGAGCAGCGCAGGACAGCACGCCGCAGCAACCGUUGCAUGGAAAGAAGGCCGUAGCUGUGCAUUAGAGGGUUGCGCGGAGGUGUAGAAAGUUUCUUCUAUAUCAUUCCCGUCUUGGGAGGCAGGCGGUGCGCUGGGCUCCUUGGUCAUGCCGCCCCCUGUCCCGAUGGGGCCUCCCUGCAACGGGAGUGUGUACCGCACUCCGGCGGGGCAGGGUCCCAUAACACAGUUGGAGGCUGUGUCUUGGGUUGUUGGUGGGCUAUGGUAGUGCUGGUGUGGCGCAGCAGCAACAGCAGCGAGCCCAUGUGGGUCAACCGGGAACUUGUGCGGGUUUGGCACGUUGGAUCUGGGUUGCUGCCUGACAUGGGUUGCUGCUAGACAGCGUGAGGCGUGUUGGGAGGUGCUGGUGGUGGUGGUGGUGGCGGUGUUGGGAGCAGGGGGAGGAGGAGAAGGGACCUCAACGGCAUACGAUAUGCACUUUGUUACGUGCCAUGCUAGUGUGGGGUGCUUUGUUUCAGGCAGUUGGUCUGGAUAUCGUGAAGAGAAUGUCACGGGUAGGAGUGGCUGAAACGAGCGGGUAGGUAAGUGAUAAGGCGGUGCGCUUUGGGCGAUAAUCCAUUGCCGCUCAGCGGGCUCUACGAUGCAAGCACUCGUACGAAUUGCAAGUGGUUGGCCCGGGCUGAGGCGGCAACGAACAGUCUGUAGGGAGAGCAGUCACAUAGGUUCCUUGCUAGUGUAAGGAAGAUUACGAAUGCGGGGAAGAGCUGCUACGGCAGUUCUGAAAGGCGGAGGGUGCAGCAGGCAGGAUGGCUUUGUUUCGUGGUGGGUGUCCUCGGGAUCUCGUAACUGUUGUACAACGGUACGGUAGACUGCAGUACACAACACGUACGGCAAAUGGAUGCGGCAGGUAGGCUGCUGAGAGUAUCUGGGAUCACCCGUAACGCUGCAAUGCAAAGGCUUGGCGUGUAACCGGUCUUCACUCUUCACUUGAAAUUUGUCAUGG